GGAAGUAGGUAUUGGAACAUGGCAGACCUCGUGGAGCAGGUGCUACAGAAAGAGAUAGAAAAGCAAGCAAAUUAUAAAACAAUCGAAGUCAUUAAAGAUAUAGAUCUUGAAAUCGACGAAGGAAACCUGCUUGCCGUCGAUACAAAUCCUUUCGACUUAAGAAAAUACAAGUCUAAGAAAGAUGUAUGUUUGAAAGAACUAGCAAGAGAUAAUGCCCAGUUGCUUAUAAAUAGAAUAUUUCAGUUGCCAACAGAGAAAGAAGAUGGAGUGGUGGUAGUUAAGUUACCUGAUACCAAAGUUUUGAUUCCUAGAGGAAAACCAGUUCCCAAGGCCAGAAACUUUACAAAAUGGGAAGAAUAUGCCCAGAUGAAGGGCAUUCAGAACAGGAAGAGGAGCAAGAUGGUGUGGGAUGAGCAGAAAAAUGAAUGGAAGCCAAGAUGGGGCUACAAUCGAGCAGCAGACGACACAAAAGACUGGUGUAUAGAGGUUCCAAGCAAUGCAGAUCCAUAUGAAGAUCAAUUUGAAAAGAGACUUAAAGCUAAAUCAGAAAGGACAGCCAAGAAUGAGCUACACAGGCUGAGGAACAUCGCCCGGUCACAGAAAACUAAAGUACCUGGUGUUGGGUUGACACCCACAGAAGCUCCUUCCAAAGACUAUGUCAGCAAGGCUCUAGCAGUAGCCAAGAGGUCGACAGCUUCAAUUGGAAAAUUCACAGAGUCACUUCCAAAGGAGAAACCCUCAAAAUACACAGGCAAGAAACGCAAGUUUGAGGAAAAUUAUGGGAGUUUGAAAAAUGAGACAAGCAAACAGCUGGACAUUUUACAGAAACUAAAAAACAAAGAACCGGUUAUAGACGUGACAAAAGCUGUCAACACACAGUUGAUUGAAGAAAAUAAUGAAAGUUCUGGUAAGAAACCCUUUAAAGGAAAAUCUAAAGGGUUCGGAGGACGAAAGAAGGGAAAAGGAGGUGCUAAGGGCUCAUUUAAAGGUGGAAAAGGCUCCUUUAAGGGAGGAAAGAGUUCAUUUAAAGGGGGUAAAGGUGGCGGAGGGAAAAGAAAACGAUGAUGUUAUAUAAAUUUUAUGUGUAUUCUGGUAAAUAAAAAUGUUCAAAAAAAAUA